AUGAAAUUUCUGCAUUUGGCUUUGCUCCUGGCUCUGGCUGUCACGGCCCUAGCCGAGCAAUUUGUGCCUUUUGACCAAUCACAGCUUCAGGAAGAUUCCUUCCUUGAACAGUUCGAUUACCCGUCUCUUCUCGAAUCAGGAUGGGUGCCUUCCCAGAGUCAGAAGUCAGGACCUUACGACUACUUUGGCAAAUGGAAGAUUGCCGAUAAGUCCAAGUACCAGGCAUUUGAAAACGAGAAAGGUUUGCUUAUGGCGAAAGAAGCAGCCUACUACGCGAUCUCCAAGAAGCUUCCUCAGACCUUUGUCAAAGGCGGAAACGGUGAUCUAGUUGUUCAAUUCGAGGUAAAGUUUCAGGAAGGCGUUUCGUGCAGCGGUGGGUACAUCAAGCUUCUCAGCGAAGGAACGAUCGAGGAGGAAUUCAGUGACAGGACUCCAUUUGAGGUGAUGUUCGGACCUGACAUUUGUGGAUCCGAAAGCAAGGUGCACUUCAUUGUGCGCAAGCACGACGAAGAAAGCGGCGAGAUGGUGGAGCACCGACUCAAAAGACCCCCAAUGGCUAGAAACAACGUUCUCACCAACUUGUACACGUUGGUUUUCAGGGCCGACGGAAGCACCGAGAUCAGACUCAAUGGAGACGUGGCCAAGGCCGGAAACGCAUUCACGUCUUCGAAGUUCAUGGAUCCGCCAUUGUCAGAGCCCGAGUAUAUCGAGGAUAAGACUGCGAAGAAGCCAGACGACUGGGACGACGAAUUCUUCAUUCCUGAUCCCGAGGCAGUAAAGCCAGACGACUGGGACGAGGUUUACGGCAGUCCAUGGAUUCCCGACCCCGCCGUCAAGAAGCCCGACGGCUGGAACGAUGACCCUGCUGUGCCCAGUUCGAUCCCCAACCCCAAGGCUACGAAACCGGCUAUGUGGCUCGAGGAAGAGGACGGCGAGUGGACUCCGCCCAUGAUGAGAAAUCCCGAGUUGGAAAGCCCCGAGGUGCCCAAUCCAAAGUACAAGGGAAUUUGGACCGCUCCGCUGAUCCAAAACCCUAACUACAUGGGUGUGUGGAGGACGCCCAAGAUCAAGAACCCACGUUUUGGCAACGAGGACCAUUCGCACUUGAUCGGACCUAUAGACGCAUUGGGCUUUGAGCUCUGGACAAUGACACAGGGGGUGCUUUUCACCAACGUCUACCUCGGUCGCUCUGUGGAGGAAGCUGAGCGGAUCGGCAACGACACCUUUGUCCCCAAGCAGCAACUCGAGUGGGACUCCUACAAAGCCAACAAGCCCAAGCCCGAGCAUGACGCCAAGCCGCCUCCACCAACGUUUGAGGACUAUCUUGACGAAGACAGCGAGAACUUGGUGCACGACGCCAUCCAGCUUAUUGUCCUUUUCUACAAGUCGCUCUACAACGACGCCAUGGACUACUGGGCCGAUUUCCAGGCCGAUCCUGCAAUUGCAAUUUCGCAAAACCCCGUCAAGUUCGCAGUGUAUUGCGCCAUUGGAGCGGUCGGGCUUACGGUCGUAUUCGUGGCCGUCAACGUGGCGAUGUUUGUGGCGCUCCAGGCUAAGAAUGCAGCGGGGCCCACGGGGCGUAACGGUUUGACAGGUGAUCCAAACACACCAGCUACGCUGCGAAGCGAAGCAAAGCCUCAAAAUGCCGCCGUCGCUAAAAACGAGGGCGGUAGCGCAAAAACUGGUGGAACGCAAGUUGCAACAGGCACGGAGCAAAUAGACCCCGUGGGUGGGUCCACAGGGGCCAGUGCUGGAGACGUUGACGGAUUGAGGAAAAGGGCCGCUGGAAACUAG